ACACGCCUUUUCUUCAAAACACCUUCUUAUAAAUCCCCCUCUCUCUACGCUUCUCCUCCAAACACAACUCUCUCGUAUCGUAUCGCCCGGAAAAUGCUCGAUCUCGACUGGAAAACAAAGAUGGAAUCACCCGAUAUUUCCAACAAAUCCACGAAAAUCAAUACCUCGUCCCACCGUUCCGUUCCCUCUCCGACACGUUCCACCGAUUUAUUACCGUCUUUGCCUUUCGCCACGUCAGCUUACGAGCAAUACUUCCGCCUUCCGGAGCUCUCCAAGCUCUGGAGCUCGAAAGAGUUUCCGAGCUGGAAAUCCGAAACGCUUCUCAAACCGGCGUUACAAGCUCUCGAGAUAACGUUUCGGUUCGUCUCCAUCAGCUUAUCCGAUCCCCGGCCGUACGCUAACCGAUCCGAAUGGAAGAAGCGGGUUGAGUCACUGGCCGUACACCAGAUCGAGCUCAUUGCUACCAUCUGUGAAGAAGACGACAAUACACGUGGCAGCGUCCCGAUCGUUGAUUUGAGGAAAUCGGAUGGUGUGUUAGAGAGGGACGGCAGCUCGAGCGAGGUCUGGAAGCUCCCCGGCGAGGCGCUUUCGGUAGUCAGCAGGAUCAGCGAGGCGAGCCUGCUCCCUCGGCUCGAAACGUGGCAGAAAUCGGCGGACGUAGCGAGGAAGAUCGCGUUCGCGAUCGAGUGCGAGAUGCAGGGAUCGCCGUUCACGCUCGGGUUGGGCGAGCCAAACUUCGCUGGGAAACCGAACCUUGAGUACGAUCUCGUCUGUAAGCCGUCCGAUCUCCACGCCCUGAAAAAGCCCCUCAGAAGCCUCGAAAAUUUCGAAAACGGGAUCCUCUUCACCAUCCACCAGAUCCUAGAGUCCUGGAUCUUCGCCGCGCAAGAGCUGCUGCAGCGGAUUGGGGAUCGGGUGGAAGAAAAGGAAUACGAGAAGGCUGCAAGCGAUUGUUGGCUGCUCGAGCGGAUCUGGAAGCUUCUAACAGAGAUCGAAGAUCUACACCUCCUGAUGGACCCGGACGAUUUCCUCCGCCUCAAAAACCAGCUAUCGAUCAAAGCGACGAACGAAUCCGAAGCCUUCUGCUUUAGAUCAACGGCUCUGAUCGAACUGACGCGGUCAUCGAAGGAUCUGAAGCGGAGAGUGCCGGAUAUCUUGGGCGUGGAGGUGGACCCGAAGGGUGGGCCCCGGAUCCAAGAAGCAGCAAUGGCACUUUUCCACAGGAAGGGCGAUGCAGCGAAGGUCCAUCUGUUGCAGGCGUUCCAGGCGAUUGAAGGGGCGGUGAAGAGGUUUUAUUUCGCAUAUCGGCAACUGAUUGGGACAACGAUGGGGAGCCUGGAAGCGAAGGGUAACCGAGGGUUCGUCGCGACGGAGGGGGAGUCCAGUCCGUUAACGCAGUUGUUCCUGGAGCUGCCGUAUUUUCCGAGCUUGGAUGCUGCAAAAACGUUUUUGGGGGAGUUUUGGCAGUACGAGAUUGCUGCGAGUUCAGACGGACUGAAAAGCAGAGCUCGUAAAAGACACUGAUAGAGAUUAAAGAGAUUAUUUAAUUAAUUAUUUUAUUUUUAAUGAAAAUUAAACUAAUCAUGUAUUAGGACAUUGAUUAUGAGACUACAUCUCGAAAAUUUAACA